AUGGAUGGUCGUCGCAAGGCCCAUCCGCAUUUGGGCCUCGUGCGUGCUGCUCUACUCUGCUGCCUUUGGUUCCUCUCCGUAUCCGCCCUCGAUUUCGACUAUGAUCGUCCGACGUUCAAUGGCGCACCCGAAGGCUGGGAGGACGCCGCGCCCGGCGACAUCCUCCGGACGCGUCCCGAGGGCCUCGCCGACUGCCCGAUCCCCUACUGCGCGGGAACCUACCAGUUCCUCUACCGAAGCAGCGACACGCACGGCGACCCCUCGUGGGCCGUAGCCACCGUCUUCUACUCCAACGUCACGGCCCCUGGGUGCGCCGCCGACCCCGCCGACGACGAGGACUGCGUGCAGGGCGUGGUCACAUACGACGCCGCGUACGACAGCUCCAGCCUGGACGGCAGCCCGAGCUACACGCUGCAGUGGGGCGACCCGGCCGUACAACGCGACGGGGUUCUUUCGCGCUACGCAGUUCCGUCGUUUUACGUGCUCAUCGGCUACGCGGGGCAAAAUGUGUACGAUUACUUUGAAAACGGCGAGGACGACGUGAUGCAAGGCCCCAUCCGGGAACUCUUUGAUACGGAGGGUGCGAUGGGUAUCCAUGGGAUCCCUAACAUGCCCGUCUUCUACCACAAGGCCGAGGUGGACGAGAUGAGCCCCAUUGAGGAGACGGACGUGAUGGUGCAGCACUUUUGCGAUCACGGUGCCAAUAUCUUGUAUCACCGCAACGAGCUAGGUGACCAUAACAAGGAGUUAUGGGCGGGGCGAUUGAGGGCGCUGGAUUUCAUCGGCAAGGUCACGUAUGGUGUGGGCGAGAUCGAGAUACCGGAGACGGGGUGCUUGUGGCAGAACGUGACGGUGGAUUUGCCCGACUGGGAUGAGAUCGCGACUGGUCGUGCCGUGAGGGGUGUCGCUCCCCAGCUGCCUGAGGAGCCUGAAGAGCCUGUCGAGGAGGAGCCGCCCAAGCCGAAAAAGUGUGUGAAGAAGCGCCGGGCUGGAUAA